CUCUCAAACACCCUCUGUCCACAUCAGUAGCAGCUGUGUCUGACAAGUUACACCAAUAGCAGAAGUUAGUGGGCAUUUUGAGGGAGAACCUGGCAAUGGCACAGAAUCGCCAAAAACAAAUGGCUGAUCGUCACAAGACUGAGCGUGAAUUUCAAGUGGAAGAUCAGGUGUACUUGAAGUUGAGGCCUUACAGAAAAAUGUCAGUUCAGCAGCGGGCAAAUCAGAUGCUAUCCCCUAAGUACUAUGGUCCUUUUCUAGUCUUGAAGAAGAUAGGGGUAGUUGCUUACCGCCUUCAGCUUCCAGUCACUUCGACCAUACAUCCUGUUUUUCAUGUGUCUUUACUUAAGCAGGCUAAGGGUGCUCCAGUGGUGACUCAGCCAGCCUUACCAGACUAUGAUAACAGUGGGGAGUUAAAGGUUGAGCCUCUGAAGAUUGUGGCCAGGCGCUUGGUGGCCAAGAACAAUAGAGCUGCUACUCAAUUGUUGGUUCAAUGGACCCACCAGGCUAAAGAAAAUUCUACUUGGGAAUAUCUGGAAGAGAUUCAAGCAAAGUUUCCUCACUUUAAGACUUGAGGACAAGUCUUCUGCGAAGGAAGGGGGAGUGGUAAUGAUCAGGGAUUUAACUGUACAAAAUUUGGAUUGGAAGAAUUACAUUGUAAGUACUGGGUAGAAAGACAGAAGGACCAAAUGGCAAUUAGCCUGCCAGAUCAGUAUAUAGCAAGAAUACUGUACAACGGAUAAUAAACACGAAUAACAGAAUUUCCUUCUCUCUUACUUUACUCUUUCCUCUCUCUCUCUCUCUCUCUCUCUCUCUCUCUCUCUCUCUGUCUGUCUCCUUCUCCUUCUACUGCUUCCCCAAUCUUCCUCUACUCACCAUCUUUGCCGUCGAGCAUUUCCAGGUCGAUUGUUGCAGUUUAUCAUAUAUGAGUCCAAAGGGCGAAGGUUUAUUAUAUAUGAGCAGCAAGAAAGCUCGUAAAGAGACAGCAGCAACAGCGAUCACUAACCGGCUUGCUCAUAGUUAAGAGUGGCAUUUCUCCAAUCAGCACUCCACCUUGUAAGGGUCAGCUUUGUUCUAUUGAAAAUAACAAAGUAACCAACGAUCAGACACCAUAAUCACUAGGAGCGGAAAUCUGAAACUGAGAGUCGAUAAAUUUCAAAACUGCCGCCAAAAUUUGCUUCAGUUACCUACUGCUAAAGCGGGCAAUUAGAAUGAAGUAGCAGUAAUAGGUUUCCUGAAUCGCGAAAAGCUCGACUCCAUUGGCAGAUAUGUAUAAGAUUCUAAUCCACGAUCCAAUUGCUCGAGGAUUAGUAGCGAUACUGUUAGUGUUGUGGUAUAUGAUUUAUGAUUGAACCUCUCCCAACAACUCAAGUUAUUGGGAUCAACUGGUUCUUGACAUGGUAUCAGAGCCUCCUGUGAUCGAGAGGUCUUGUGUUCGAUUCUCGGUGACCCCCAUUUGUUAAGCACAUGUUUUCAGACCUGUGCAAACUUCAAGCCCUUGUGAGUGGCUUUCGUUUGAGGGGGCGUGUUAGUGUUGUGGUAUAUGAUUCACGAUUGAACCUCUCCUAACAACUCGAGUUAUUGGGAUCAACUGGUUCUUGACAUACGACAGAUUGGAUCCCAGAACAUACAAAUUCAGAGAGAUGUAACAAACGAGACUAAGAUGCAAACUCGUUAAGAAUAGGGAGUGGAAUGUAAUUGAGUAACAAGUAUAAAUAGGGCCCUCUUGUAUUGAGCUCAAUAUCGAAUACAGUAACAAAAUUUGCUUCCUUCCUCUGCUCUCUCUAUUCUUCUCCUUCUUCUGCCUUUCUUGCUUUCUCUUCUUUCUUCUCUUUCUCUAUCACUCAUUCUGCAGAUCCUUCUCCUAAUCUCUAUUGCUUUCUUGGUAAAUGUCAACUAUCAACACGAGAUUGGAUGGUAUGGCAGACCAAAUGGAUCGCCGAUUCGAUCAAUUGGAAGAACGACUUGACCAAAUCUUGUUGUGUAGUCCAGAGCUGCGUCGUCCUGGUUUUGUGGAUUCAUGUAAUUUUCGCUGAUAGUACACCGAGACAAAUAUGUUCCUCAUGAUCCCCCUCAGCUCAGUCCAGGUCUCGAUCUCUGGCUGCAUAGUCUGCUAUCACCGGAGUCGGAUUUGCUCCCACCAUUGGCCAGCAUAAUCUGUAAAUUCAUACGUUGCCAAGAGAACCUUCUGUUGCUCCGUAUAAUUCCCACAUUGGAAGAAAAGAAUCACUUUUCUUUCCCAAUCAAGGUAAUUAGAGGCGUUGUUAGAGCCAGUAAAAGAGGGAAUUGUCAAUUUUACUCCUCGAAGUUCUGUAUUGGUGGUUUCAGGGGGUCGACGAUCGUGAUUGCGGAAGUCAUGGGUGUUGUCACGGGGACCAUGCUUUGUAGCAAUCAGCCGUCGUUCCAAUUGCUGAACACAUUCUGCGAGAGCCAGCUCAGCCUCGGUGUGCAUCACUUGGGUUUUGAUUCCCCUCUAGUGAUUCUUCGUGCAUUGUGUUUAGAGGAGCAGGGGCGUUUGUCGUUGACUUCAAUUCGGCAAUUUCGCCCCUGAUGUAAUCGAAUUGGACCUGAAAGGUCGCAUUCGUGUGAGAGAUGAUGGUCUCUAGCAGUUUCGUGGUGUUUAGAGGAGGGUCACUCAUCGUUCGACCUUCAAAUUGAUCCUCCUUGUUGGACUUAGUCGAACCCUCUGUUUUUUGUAAAACUGCUGCAGGGUCGUCCGAGACGGGACCUUUUGAUCUCGUCUAAGGCGUUGUCUUCUCCGUCUUGAUCACUGUAUUUGAACGUGGCUCUUAUACCACUUGAUGAGACCCUAGAUGGGUCUUUGGUAUUCAGAAUCGUGCAACAACGAAUUGAGUUCAACUCAAUCCCAAACUUGAACCAAUAGGGGGUGAAUUGAUGGUUAUGGAUGGUCGAUCUCGUGCAAUUCCACACAACGGGGAAAGGCUCUAAGUAGAUAGGUAGAAGCUAGGCCACGAACAAGGUGUUUACUUGUUCGAUACAAGCUUACAAACCACUUGGAAUCCACCAAGCAAUUCAAUCAACUCACGAAGCAAUUUUGUGAAUCGAAAACUUGAAGUUUCGAUUCAAUUGCGAGAAAUCUAACGCUUACCAUGAAUUGAAUUCCUUAAAUAGACCUAGGCUAACUUAUUAAACUUUGCUGGAAGUCCUUAACACAAUCAAACACAAAAAUCUAACUCAAAACAGAAAAGGUAAAAUAUUGAAGAAGAAAUCCUAAUCCAAGUAGGAUUCGGAUUACUGACAAGACAGUCCUCCAAUCCAAGCUUCCUAUGAUCUUGGCGCUCUUCAUUUGAAGCCUUCGAGAUACGACUCCCUUCAUCCAAUGCCUCUAGUUUGUAGAAGAAAACCCCUACUUUCAUGUGGCAUAACCCUCUUGGAUCGAUUCCUAUCCAUCUACUCCGAAUAAGCCUCCAAAGUGAGCUUUCCGAGCUGCCUUCCAUACUUGGCCAAAAACUAGCAGUUUCCCAAUUUCAGCAUAAGGUUUUGCCAGACUUGAAAAGCAGCCUUGUUGACAUCUUCUCGAGCAUCCAAGCUUUUCCCAUUUGGAGAGGAACAUUCCAUCUUCCAAACAAACCACUAAUCCCUCAUUUUCAUCGAGCCAUUUGUGACGACCAAGCUUACCAAGUAGGCUACCUGAAAACGUGUGCUAAAUGAUGUGACUGAUAUUGUAUGGUAAAAUAAAGGUGUUCUAGAACCGUGGAAUGUGAAGUGUGAUGUUAGAGUUACAAGGUAGCGAUAGAGGUGUUAUGACCACCUAGAGAUGGUUCAAUGAUCGAUUAUCGUGAAAUCAUAAAUUGGAACCAUAAGC